GCAUCAAAAAUAGGCUUCGAAAUCGGCAGUAGGCCGUUCCAGCUGUUCUACACAGCAUAUGAGAAAUGGAAGUCCGAUUUCAAGCCAGCUUUUAACAGUCCAGGAUCAGCCAAGGCUACCAUGGACAUGUUCAGCACCCUCUACGAAAUGGGCUUCAGGGAGAGAGACCUUCUUGACCAGCAGCAGGUCAACAGGGUGAGCCUCAAAACGUUCAAGGAGAGUGUCAAGCCCAAGAUGGUACACAUGGUGCCACCAAACUUCAUCAAUGGGCUUGAGGCAGCCUUUGAGGCGGUUGCCAACCCAAACCCCCGGAAGAGGAAGAACAGCUGGGAUAGCCAAGAAGGAGAUGGGGACGACGGUGAACGUGAUGGCACCAAGGCUGCAUCAGGAAGUGGGACUUCACAGGGUGUGCAGCGUGCCAAGAGGUACAUCCUGGAGAAGUUGUACAAGUUCUUCGAUCCAGUCCUGAAGGACUUCAAUUCAGCAUCCAAGAUCUACUUAAAAGUGACCGAAAAGGAGAUUGAGGACUUCAUGGUUACGCUGGGUGGGCGAGACAGAACCGUGGCUGGCUUCCACUUGGACUCUGAAGCAACCGACGAGGACAUACACGCACGUGUCCGGAAGUCCCUGGUUGAGAGAUGGAACAACCGCAAGAAGUGGAUUGGAAAUCUACAGCAGCAGGCCAAUGUGGAGGGCGAGUACUAAGAGUACUUUGGAAAUUAUAUUUUGAAAUUGUUUUGGGUUGGGGGGAUUCAAUGUCCUGCUACUGUGUAUGCUGCAAAUCCAUUUUAGCCCUUAUUUGUAAAUGCAGAGAUAAGAGGAGAGACGUAGUUAUAGUUUGGGGUUAUUGGAUUUUCAAAACCCUAGUAUUGAAACCUCAAAUAUGCAUACCAUGAAACAUACAUGCCUGCAUACAUCAAACAUGCAGCUG